UUGACAGCUCAUGUUCACAAGAUUUUUGCGGUUUAUUUCGACAUGAUAUAAUUUCUUAAUACUUCAUACAUUCAGCAUUGAUCUAAAUUUCUCCACUAACUCAUAUGGGCGACUCCUCUAGAAGACUGUUUGUUAUGUUAGUGGGAGAACAGUGCAUGGUAGAGAGGAUGUUCCAAUUCUAGCAGCUUCCCUGGUUCUUAGCAUGCCAGAGCUCGAACUCACGAUCCCUGGAUUUGUAGUCUGACAGUGUUACCACUGCGUCUGCUUUUAUUUGGUCAUAAGUCUUUGAAUGGCCUAAUUAUAGGCUGGAUGGCUGAACGACUCAUAUAUUCCCCAGCACUUAUACAUAUUAGAGGAUUCAUUUAUUGAAAGUGAUUGGAUUUACAAAAUGUCAGUUGUGAAAGAGGGCUAUGUCAAACGGCAUAGUAAAAAUAUGUUUUCGGGAGGAUGGAAUGAUGUAUAUUUAAAGCUUUAUUCUGACAGUAAUUUACUGGCUUAUAAACGGCAGGGAGAUAGAGAUGCUAAAGUACAGAUACGGAUGCAGGAUGUGUGUAAACAUUUUGCCUAUGGGGAACAUGCAGCCAAGAACUUUAAAGAGAUGCCACAGUUGCCACCAGGCACAAGUCUCACAUGCAUUUUAGCAAUACCAGAAAAACCUAAUCACAAAGCUAAACCACACUUCUUUCUGAUGAAAAAUGAACAAGAAUUACAUGAAUGGAUGACAGCCAUAUGUUCAACUUUACCAUCUAGACCUCAGAGUGCCCAAGCACAAGCCCCGAUACAACCCCAGACUGCCCAGACUGUGAGUAACCAACCCCCACCGUACAGUGCCGGACCUUCUUAUGGUGGACCACCCAUGCCUCAGCCUGUAGGAUUUGCAAAUAUGGGCCCAGCUCCAGGUGGAUACCAGGCCCCAUAUCCCACACAACAGAUGGGAGGUUACCCCCAGCAACCAGGGUAUCCACAGCAACCAGGCUAUCCUGCUCCAGCCCCUGGCUACCCACAGCAGCCCUAUCAACAACCAUACCCUCAGCAGCCUUAUCCAACACAGCCAGCUGGUUAUCCACAACAACAGUACUAUGGAGGACAACAACCCUAUGGUUACCAGCAGCCCCCACCACCUCAAGGGUAUGCCCAGCCUCCUGGACAACAGGUUGUUUAUGUACAAGAUCAUCAUAAAAAGAAAGGUGGAUUUCCAGGAGGCAAUAAAGGAAAAAUGGCAGCAGGUUUGAUCGGUGGUGCUGCCCUUGGCUACGGUGCAAGCCGGAUGAUGGGUGGUGGAAUGAUGGGAGGAUUUGGACCGUUCGGAAUGGGCCGGUGUGGUAGUUGGAGCUCACUUAGUAGUUUUGGCAGUUUCGGAAGCUGCGGUAGUUUUGGCAGCUUUGAUUAACAUGUUGAUGCAAUAGGCUAUUUUGAAAUGUGUUGUGAUACAAUCAAAUGUUUGUCAUGAUAAUGAUAUUGAUAGUCCAACUUCUUAGGAGAAGUGAUUACAGAAAUAUGUGUAGACAUGUUAAAACAAACUGUCUUGCAAAACAAUAGCUUACUGAGUAAUGAAAGAUCUGUGUUUUGAUGUUUUAAAGGUCUUACUUCAGAUUUACCUAAAAAUAAACCUCAGUUAUAAUAUUAUGUAAUGAUAUACAGAAAAUAUUGUUUCCUGCCUCCGCAUAAACAAGAAUAUCAGAUGUUUCUAUGUUGGCAUGACAGCACACAAAUACCAGAAAUAAUACUAUGUUGCUGUGAUUAUGGAAAUAUCCAUGACAAAGAUAAUUCCUGUUAAACUUGUAUUCAGUACUAUUCAGUGAAAUGAAUGAAUGGUGUAUUGAAAUGGCAUAGAAUAUUUCUUAUAAGUUUAAAUAGAAAUUAUUUUAUAAGCACUAUCAUAUUGUGUGUACAUGUGUUUCUUAUCUUUCUAGGAAAAAAAUACAGUAUGUGUAUUCCAAACUUAAGUCAUUUUUGUCAAAUUUUUAAAAGUACUAUCUUUUCCUGGUGAUUAUAAGUUAAGUGGCUCUGUGAGGUCUGACAGUAUGUAUUCUUGAACACUAUUUGUGUUACUUGUAGUGAAUAUACUGUGCUGGUCGCAUGGAAAAAAAGUUUAUACAAGAAAUUUUGCUGUACUCCUAAUACAACACCUUGCAAUACUGUGAAAUCAUUAACUUAUGUGGGUGACUAUUAUCCUGGACUUCAUUGUUGUGUUAAACUGUGAAAUUAAAUCCUGAUGACUAAGCAAAUUUUCAUUUUAUCUUCAAAAUUUAACUUCCAUUCCAUAUUCAUGUCCCAGGAAAUGGUCUUUCCAGAAACUACACAACUUUAUGCUCACAAAGUUAUAUUACAUGUUUACAUGUACUGGUAUUUCAUAGUUACUGAUCUUUAGUAGAAGUUUAAAUCUGUGACAGAAUUUUUAAUAUUCUGAUCUACAUACCAUGUAUGUUUUAAACAUAUGUCUGUAUUUAUGUUUAUUUAGUCACCUAUAUAUGCAAUUCCCUCAGACGAGUGGUUGUAAUUUUGUUUGCAACAUAGUGAAGGACGCUUCAAUUCCAGAAGCUUAAUCAAGCAUGCCAAAUGAAAAGCAUGCAUACAUGUGACUGUUGUCCCAAAGAAUGCUAAUAAUUUUAGUUGUAGAAGCAGGAGUUUAAACUGGCAGCCCCUAGUUUCAUACUUCAGCAUCCUACCACUUGACUGCUGUGUUCGUUCUCAGAUCUAAAUCUGGAGGUAUACCUCUUUAGUAGUGUGGCUGUCAUUGAAAAUUUUAAAUCGCUAUAUCAGCUGGAAAAUAUUGACAUUAAUAUACAUCUGCUGGCUGAUCUUGGUCGGCACUGGCUGCAAAGGCAAAAUCACUUGCUGCCAGCAGGCUAAAGGUUAAACAAUGAACAAAAUCAGUUAACGAAACAUUUGAUACUGUUUUAUAUGGUACCUCUGUUAUAAUCUCUCAAUGUUAGAUAACAAAAUUUACUGUGAAACUUGUAAUUUAUGAGAACUUCAUUUUAUAUGAUGUUUGAAAAUAUGGUUGUAUCACAUUAUUGCGAGUUCAUCUGUCUGUUCAUCAUGCCCUAUUUGUAGGACUUUAAUGAAUGCCCCUCUUUUGCAAAAUGUUACACCACACCCGCCAAGGGUGUUUAUAAAGAAAUAUACAAUAACUAUUUUUCCAAACAAUCUGUGCAGGGAUAGCUUUAACAUCUGCAGAACCAAAUAGAUUUUUAUUACAAUGAGAGACUCAUUGUGUUUUUAAAGUUUUAGCCAAUUUUGGUAAUUUGAAUACUGGGUAGGUUCUUUUUACAUUUUGUGGGUACUUAAAUUUAAUGGUAUAUCAUUUUUGAUAGAAACUAUUUACCAAAACAACACACAUAAAAAUACAAAAUACAUAUUUUCUCAAACAGAAUUAGUUUGAACAUUGUCAAAAAAACACACAGAAUUUCAAUACACUAGCCAUACUUGACAUAACUCCUCCCCCACUCCCCACAGACACUCCCCCUAAAGAAACACUGAAAGAAAUUUUACAUACUGGUACAAAAAUUAUAUCAGAUAUAAUAGUUCCAUAAGUUACAUGGUGAAUUUUGGUUUCACAAGCUGAAAUAAUACCAUGAACAUGUAUUUUGGUAAAAUGUCCAAAUUGGACCGUGUCAAAAUAUUCAAAUUUCAGGAUUGCAACAGAUUGUCUUUUCUAUGAAGUGACUUUUGUUACUGUGAAAUCAGUUAUAUUCACUAGGGACAAACUUCGUGGCCUUGGUGGUUGUGUCAAUUCACAAAAUUAGAUUCCAACAAACAACAAAAAAUUCCCUUUCAUUGUAAUCUUCAAAACUUGAUAACCGUAAAUUAUUAUUCCCAUGAAACGGCUUUUUUUGUGGAAAGCACAAAAUUUCAAGCUGACAAAACUAAACAUAUAUAUAGUACGAACAUUACAGCUAUAUAGGCUAAAAGCCAUUGUGACAGGUAUAUACAUAUAGCGUGAUCUUUAAUUUAUUUGUGUUGUAUGUUAUGUAAAUAUAUAUAUAUAGAUGGUACAUUGUAAAUGCAAUAAACUUUUUUACUGUUUGUAAAUUGUUAGCAGUGUAUAUAAGGUAAAGAUAUUAACAAAUCUGUUUUAUUUCAGAAAAUUUUAUGUAUGCAGGGUUUAUUUUAUGUCACAUUCUUUUUGUGGAAAAAAAAACACUUUGUGUCAAAGAGCAUUUUAAAAUAGUAGUAAAUAUUUUACAAUUGAUUUUCCCUUUUGAAAUAUAAUUUUUGCUAAAUUCCAGCUAACAUUUAUAUAUUGGACCAAUGUCAGCAAACUCAUGUCUGUUUAGGAUAUUGGUCCAAAAUUCAGCGGAUAUCAAACAUCAACAUCUAAUUUCUAUCUGUCAGAAACAAUAUUGAACUAAUAUUACAACCUUGCAAGAUUGAUAUCGGGCCAAUAUUGAAAUUCAUAUUGGUCCAAUAUUUACCUUUAUUAUAUACCUACAUAAAUUCUGUAAAAAAAUCGGCUUGUAUUUCACAAUUAAAUAUGAACUGGCAGAAAAAAACCUGUAUUGUACCUUUUAAAUUCUGUAUUGUACCUUCUGUAUUGUAUGCUGCCGUACUACUUUCAUUAAUAUGCAUGACCUGACACAAUUCUAUAAAUAGCGCACAUAAAAACUUCUCUUAGUUCCAUUUUAAUAUCGAUAAACAUUGAAGAUUUCCUUCAAUAACAGAACAACACAAAAAGGUAAAGGUAUAUAAUAAAAGGGUUAUUAUAACAGUAGCUAGAUCUGGGAUUUUGUAUUCGGCUCUUGUGGGUUUUGCAAGGUUGGAUCACACUUGGCGCUUGCGCGCCUUGUGAGAUCCAAUCUGGCAAAAAUCCACUCGAGCUGAAUACAGCAUCCCAUAUCGAGCUACUGUUAAAAUAACCCUAUUGUAUUUAAUGGUUGCUUAGUAAUACUUAAUAGAUAUGUGUUAUAGCAUUUACAGUGAAAUUUUUGUGCUAUGAAUCAGUUUGUUUUUAUUUGAUACAGCAGGCAAUGUUACACAUCUUCAAAAAAUAAAUUAUAUGAAUUAAAAUGUUUAUGAUUAUGUGAAACAGUUCUGAAUUUUUUAAGAAAUGUUGUUUCAAAUUGAUUUAUGGGUUCUAACAUAAAGAUUUUCCAGAAAAGUAAGAACUCUUUUUAGCAAACUGCUGAGUGGGUUUAUUUACUGAACUUUUUCUUUGUAUAUCAUAAGGUAUUGAAGAAGAGAAAAUGGGUAAAUUUAAUGUGUACAUUGUAAAGAAAAAUGUUUUCCUUAUUAAAAUAAUCCUUAUAGAGCUAAAUCUAUAUGUGAGCAUUUUGCUAUACAUGUUUUAUUGAGAAAAAGUGUGUGUAAAAGUGUGUGUGUUCAAUAUUGCUUUAAAAAACGAUUUUGUUACAAACUUUCCACUCCACAUUUAUGUUUUGUUUUAUAAAUAAAUUAAUAAACUGUU